AUGUCUCCAUUUCGAGUGGUGUUUGGUAAAGCAUGCCACCUUCCGGUGGAAAUUGAGCAUCGAUCAUAUUGGGCUGUGAAGAGUUGUAACAUAGCACUUGAGCAGGCCAGAAUUGAAAGGAAGCUCCAGCUUCAGGAGCUUGAUGAAAUACACCUGCAGGCCUAUGAAAAUUCUAGAUUGUAUAAAGAGAAAGUUAGGAGAUUUCAUGAUACAUAUAUUCUGAGGAAAGAGUUCUCUGUAGGCCAGAAAGUGUUAUUGUUUAACUCUCGAUUGAAAUUGAUUGCAGUUGAGAUUCAAGAUGAAGCUACCAGCAGGACUUUUAAAGUCAAUGGUCAUCAACUGAAAUUAUUCCAGGAGAGUAGACCAGUGGAGCCGGCUCAGAACAUAGUUGAUCUAUCCUUAGUGGAGCCUACUUUGCUGGAGGAUAUGUUUUCUUAG